CACUCCCCACCCAAUGCCAGGUCCUGCUCUGGCUAAGGGAGAGGACACAGACACACACACACACACAUAGACACUGGAGCAAGGAAGAUUUCUAGAACAGCCAUUUGUGAUAACACACUAUAAACCUUGCUGAACUUAACUGGACUAUCACACACAUUGAGGAGUUACAUAAUUUCAGCGACUACUUCAUGUGGGAAGGAGGAGAGACUAACAAGCUGUAAACGAUUGAAAAAGUAGUGCUCCAAGAUUGUCAUCAUGAAGUUACAUGUGGCACUAUUUUUUGCUGGGCUCUUUGGUGCAUUGGCAACUCUGUUCAUUCUCUUGUCUUUUGGCACGGACUAUUGGCUCUUGGCAUCAGAGACCUGCAAUACACGUUCAAAUGGUCCAGUUACUUUGGAGCGAGGUGAUGUCGUGGUCAACCAGGGUCAGCUCCAAGUUAGUGACGGCCAGAACAUUACCUUUCAUCAUGAGGGCUUCUUUUGGCACUGUACCUUUAAUGACAUCAUGACUGAUGACAAUCUGUGGAAGUUCUGGUUUGAAAAUCAGCCACAUGAAAGGGUAUGCAAACCUGCAUAUCUUCUCCCCUUUCCCAUCCCUGACGACAUCUACAACACUACCAGCUACCAGACUGCCAUAAUCUACAGAGGCUUCUGGAGCGUCUCCAUGUUGGUGGGUGUGGCCACUGUGGUGGCUGGCGGUUUCAUUAUCAUUUGCGCAGCUCCGUUUGCUAGUCAUCGCCUUUAUAAAGCAGGGGGUGGACUCUACCUCAUUUCUGGUUUCUUCCUUCUCACUGUCACUGUGAUGUAUGUUAUCUGGAUAGAUGUUUUGGAGGUCAUGAGCUCGUAUGAGGAAUAUCAGCGAAAUCAGUGCUUAGAGUUUGAGCUCAAUGUGACUUAUGGGUUAUCUUUCAUGUUUGCUCCAGUGGGCGUGUUCUUCUGUCUUCUGUCUGGUCUUCUCUUUCUGGUGAUUGGGCGUACAGUCCAACAUCAUUAUAACUGAACCUCAUGAAUAGUAUGGAAACAGAACAAUGAAAUUGUAUGUUCCAAGUGCAUUAAGUAUCUGUCACUGAAGAAAAAAUGUUUGGGCUCUAAACUCUUGAGUGUGCGUUAACAUUACGAUAGGUUGGGGUACAGAUAUUAUAAAUCUGAUUUGAAUUUGCCUUCGAAAUUUGCAAAUGUUGCUUCAGUAUUUGGUCAUCAUGUGUGCUGUGAGCAGUACUGUAAACAACGAUCAUGAAUGGUUUGGGAACACUUCAUGUAUGUGUGAGUGUUUAUGCGAGUAUAGUGUUGCACAAAACAUUAAAUUAUGUUCAAUAUGUGUAUGUUGCCUGAAAAAAUAGCAAAACAUUCUGGUAUCCUUCUCUCUGCCUGCUUAAACCUUCCUAUAGUUUUACCCAUUUUCCAUUUUCCACUUUGCAUUUUGAUUAUUAACUAUAAAGUUGUUGUUGUUUUUUCCCACCCCAAAGGUUUUAACAUAUAUAUAGACAGAUUUUUCUCCUGACCUGAAAGCUUUAGGCUUUACUUGAACAGCUUGUUGUUCACACACACCAUAGCACACACAUAUAUAUAUUUGCUUUGUAAAUAAUAUUAUGCUAUCUCAUACAAUUGACCUGUAAUAUUUCAAAAGAUUCAUUAAACCUUUAAUUUAAAAGAAAUGUGCGUUUUAUAUUAAAGUUGCGAUAAAAUGUA